ACAGUCCCUGGCACCAUGAAAGAGUAUGUGCAGGUACCAGCAGCGGAACUCCAGGAGCCCUACGAGCUGCCUUCCGCGAGGGAGCCAGCCGCGCUUCUGUGCCUGAGAGUGUGUUGCUGCUGCUCUGCUUUGCGUCCUCGCUACAAACGCCUGGUGGACAACAUAUUCCCUGAGGACCCAAAAGAUGGUCUUGUCAAAGCCGAUAUGGAGAAACUGACAUUUUAUGCAGUAUCAGCUCCAGAGAAACUAGACCGGAUUGGCUCGUACCUGGCAGAGCGGCUGAGCAGGGAUGUUGUCAGGCACCGUUCUGGGUAUGUUUUAAUUGCUAUGGAGGCAUUGGACCAACUUCUUAUGGCUUGCCAUUCUCAAAGCAUCAAGCCAUUUGUAGAAAGCUUUCUUCAUAUGGUAGCAAAACUGCUGGAAUCAGGGGAACCAAAGCUUCAAGUUCUUGGAACAAAUUCUUUUGUCAAAUUUGCAAAUAUUGAGGAAGACACACCAUCCUAUCACAGACGUUAUGACUUUUUUGUAUCUCGCUUCAGUGCCAUGUGUCAUUCCUGCCAUAGCGAUCCAGAAACACGAACAGA